CGAGGCUGGUGGCGGGUGCCCAGGGGCAGGCAGGAGGAGGGUCACGAGCACAGCAUUCAUGUUGAAGGAUCCCAGUGGACAUCAUAAAGCUAAUACCUCCAGCAUCGCUGACAUGCAGUCACCUCUGAGGUGGAAAGGGACAGACAACUGGUGUAUCUUUCCAAAGAAUAUGGAUGGGUCUGAAGAGGUAGAAAGAGAAGAAGAAAAUGAGGGCAAGACCGAAAAUGUACAGAAAACUGGCUUUGUCAAAGGGCCAGUCUUCAAGGGAGUGGCCUCAAGCCGUUUCUUACCCAAAGGCACCCGAACGAAAGUGAACCUUGAGGAGCAAGGGAGGCAGAAAGUGUCCUUCAGCUUCAGUCUCACCAAGAAGACUUUGCCGAACCGAUUUCUGACAGCCCUUGGGAACGAGAAACAAAGUGAAAGCGUGAGCGCUUCUGCCGCACCCCUUCAAAGUGACUUUGCUUCCAAGGUGAAAACAGAGCUUGGUGAUACUUUGGGGGUUGCAGAGGAAUUUUCACCCCCAAAGCCUAAGGCGGAACUGGGCAAGAUCCAUUUUAAGAAACAUUUGCUAAACGUUACCACAAAACCUUCCCCGACUUCUGCCGGGCUGCCAGUGCCAGUAACUCCAACGCCACCUGCUGCAGCAGAACUGGGGGAGGCGCCGUCAUCACCACCUCCCCCUCCGCCCCCUUUUCCACCACCCCCUCCUCCACCUCCACAGAUAAAACCAGCUCCAACACCAGUACUAAUUCCAGCAACUUCACCGCAAGUUUCCGUUGCAGUCCCAGCACCUGUUGCACCUCUGUUGACGUCACCUGUAGAAACCAUUGUUCGAACAACAAAAGAACCACCAUCCAAAGCGCCACAGGAGACUUUGGAACUAAACGUUCUACAAAAUGCUGUGCUGGGUGGCUCUGAAGAACAUCUGGCUCAAGUUGUUUCUGAGGAAGCAGAACCAGUAUCAGUAAAAAGACAUUCCCACAUUGGGAAGGAGGAAGAAAUUCCAGAUAACUCAAAGGGUGCUUCCCUGAGUUCUAAGAAACAGAGUUCAAGGAGGAAGUUCUCUUUGUCUGAUGGUACGUUGCCAGGUUCUGAAUCUGAUGAAGAUUCUGUGAGGACUUCUUCAAGCCAGAGGUCCCAUGAAAUUAAAACAUCAGCAAACUCUGAGAAAGAAAAGGAUUCACGAAAAAGCUCUGCUUCUUUCAAAAUGGAAGAGCAGGCAAAGUUCUCUUCGCGGUCUAGAUCAGAAAGGGAUGAAAAAUAUUCCAGCUAUUCCAGAUCUGAGAGAGAUUCAAGGUACUCUUCCUCACGGUCCCGAUCGGAGAGAGAGAGGAGGCGAAGCAGAUCCCAUUCCCGCUCUAGAUCUGAAAGAGGUUCUAGAACCAGCUCCUCUUAUUCUAGAUCUGAACGGUCACAUUACUAUGAUUCUGACCGGAGAUACCACAGAAGCUCACCAUAUAGAGAGAAGACACGAUAUUCCCGUUCUUACAUGGACAGUAGAGCAAGGGAGAGUUCUGAUUCAGAAGAAGAGUAUCGGAGGAUGUAUUCUAGGUCUACAGAUUCAAGGCAUACAUCAUCUCAUUCCUCGUCUUACAGAGAUUCCAGGACCUCUUCCUCUUAUUCAAAGUCUGAGAGGGAAAGCAAGACAGAAUCCACUCAUACUGAUUUGGAGAGAAGAGGAAAACUUGCAAAGUCAGACAGAGAAACAAGAAGGACUUCAGAAAGUGAUGUAUCGAAAAGGUGCUCUCCCAUCAAUGAACUGCGACAUCGGAGGGAUGCCUCCCAUUCUAAAGCAGAGAGCAGUGUGAGUUCUUCCCGAACGAAGUCCACCUCUUCAAAGACAUCUGCGCCCAAGUCAGAUAAAUUUAAAAGUUCUUUCUGUUGUACAGAAUCUGAGGAAAUCAAAGAUCAGUCUAAUUGUGUAGACUCAGAGACAUCUUGUGUACAAAGCUGUGAAACAAAAACUGCUGUUACACAGAAGCCAGAAACAGAAAGGACUGUUUCUCCAUUAAGUCAGUUAAAUGAUUCACUUACUUUCAGAAAGCUAGAUGAAUCAAAAACGGGUUCCCCUAUUUCUAAGAUGAAUGAACUUGCAGGAAUUGAUAGCCAUAUCAGUAUUAAGGAAAUGGAAUCUUUAGUUAAAGUAAAACAUGAUCAGUUAAGGACAUGUUCUCCAGUAGAACUGAAUAUAAAUGGGUCCCCAGAAGGUAGGAACAAUAAUACCGCAUUGUCCUGUACUUCUGAAGUAGAAGAGAUUGAAGUGUCUUCUGACGAUAGUUUAGAUAGACCUGAGCCACCACAUCAAGCCAAAAGUCCUAAUUUGAAUAAGUUGCCAUCGAAUGGUAUUCAAAUGGUAUGUCUACCUAAAGGAUAUAAUCCAGCCGAUUCUCUUGUCUUUUUGGGUGAAUCCAACCUUUUGCCGAAAGAAAAAAUGGAAGUUUCAAAUCCUUCUGAAUAUGAAUGUGUAUCUUCUUGUACCAAGCAUGUAAAUCACUCUAAAACAUUGUCUAAAGAAGUGAAUGACCUAACAGAUUCCUCUUGUAAAACCAAAGAUCCUAUCCCUUGCUACUUUUCAGACGAUGCCCCUGUUUCUUUGUAUUAUUCAGAAAUUGAAAUUGAAGCGGAGCCUUCAGAUACAAAAGCUACUCAAGAAUCUUUUAUGGGUAUUCAAACAGAGAUACAUACUGAAACAUUUAUGUCAGCUCACAUGGAGGAUCAAAAUCCAUCCAGAUUGGCUCAGGAAAGUGAAAAAUGCACAAGUUUCAGUUCAGUAGAGCAUACACCAGCCAGAGAUUUUACAACAGAAGAAUAUUUUGUGGAAGUAAAAGUAGACAAUCAGUGCGUUGCACAGCAGCAACAAACUUCUGAAAAUAUGUUCCAGCUGGAAUCACCCAUACAGCAGAAGCCUAAUGAAGUCUUAACAUGUCCUGAAGUUGCACUUGAAUUAGAUAUUCUGCAUGCAGAUUCCAUUGUAGAAAAAACAAAAUCACCUUUUAAAAAUGAGCAUUCUUAUUAUUUAGAGAUGCCAGUGAAAGAACCUGAGAAGGAAGAACAAGUUGAGGAGAAAGAUUCAGUUCCCGUUGAUGAAAGGGUCACGUCUGACUUGGAAAAAUCUCCUGGAGUUUUGCUGAUGAGAGACAAAGAGGACUCCCUGGUGGAAUCUGCAUUUUCAGAUGUUUUGUCCCCUUCUUGUGAUAUUGUAGUUACUGUAGAAGAAACAGAAACUAUAGAAGAAGCGCCCAGGUAUGGUAGCAGCAGCAAUACUCCAGAAAUCUUUUCCGUUCACAAUGAAAAUUAUUCUGAUACUGCUGAAAGUGCGAGCGAACAGGCGAGCGAUGAAAGUGAGACAGAGGACUCUGAUUCAGAUGAUAGCAGCGUUCCAAGGAAUCGCCUUCAAUCCGUUGUAGUCAUUCCAAAGAAUUCUACAAUAACCAUGGAAGAGAGUAGUUCUUGUUCCUCACGGAACAGCCAAAGUAACAGACGUUACUUGGAUCACUGGGAAGACACCAGGCCAGAGUCCAGCAAGCCGUUCUAUGAAGACAUGCCAGAUAGCUUGGAACUGAAUAACAGCAUGCAAAACGAAAGCAGAGGCUUGCCUUCUAGAGACACCGAGGGAAGCUCAGCAACGUCUACGGAGCUCAAGAGAAUUGAGACAGUGGGUCCUCAGCCCGAUGCCUCCCAGCCUCAGAGCGAUGAUGUUGACAGUACAAGUCACUCAGAGCAAGCAUCUGAUUCUUUUCAUAAGCCAGACGAAAGAAUAGUCCUAAACGAAACCACCUCGGUCACUCGGUCAGUUGGCAUGUCACAAGGAGAAGAGCUGCACUAUCUUUCCAGGAACUUUGAAAUGUCCAACACAACGGCCAGGUCACAGACCGGUGUUUCCAAAUCAGACCGUAGGCAGGGGAGGUCUGCUUUUGCAGGUCUCUCCAACACCGCUGAUUUCUCCAGGGAGGAUGGCUUUCAUUCAACAGAGGACUUGGGGAACUUGGGGUGGGAUUUCUCCCAACCAGAGAAGCCAAGCAGCACAUACCAACAGCCUGAUAGCAGCUACGGAGUUUUCCCAGGUUAUGUUUAUCCCCCACCCGCAGGGCCGUAUGUUGGGUCUCACAACUACUGGCACGACAAUGGCUACUGGGACCCAAGACUGACCAGCAGACCUUCUGCAAUUAGUUAUGAGCGAAUCCAAGGGCAGGUCCCGGAUUCACUCACUGAAGAUCACGAGGAGUACGAAGAAGUGGACCGAUGGGUCGACGAAAGCCAGCUCUAUUUCCCUGAUCAGUCAGUUAAGUUCCAGGCACGUGACCCCAGAGAAAAGGGUUCUGUUCAGGGCCAUGAGAUAAGCAGCAACUCGACUAAAGACUUCCCAGUGGUAAGAGAGAGAAAAGAACCAGUUAAUAAGGUGUUGGAGAAAAAUGACAUGAAAGAACGGGGGCCGCUGAAAAAAAGAAGAACCGAUUUGGGGAGUGAUUCGGAGAGUGAUGGGGGCUCCCAGGAAAGGAAGAAGGUCAAAGCAGAGAGUGAGCAGUUGCCUGUCCUGCCCCAGGGCUCCCCGGCAGCUCGGCCGUUGUGUUUCAUGGAAGACUUCCGGGACCCACAGCGUUGGAAAGAGUGUGCCAAGCAAGGGAAAAUGCCCUGUUACUUUGAUCUCAUUGAAGAAAAUGUGUAUUUGACAGAAAGAAAAAAGAAUAAAUCGCACCGUGACAUCAAGCGGAUGCUGUGUGAAUGUCCCACUCUUUCCAAAGAAGAACGAGCACAAGGGGAAGUAGCGUGUGGAGAAGACUGUCUAAACCGUCUGCUCAUGAUCGAAUGUUCUUCGAGGUGUCCAAAUGGAGAGCAUUGUUCCAACCGGCGGUUUCAAAGGAAGCAGCACGCAGAUGUGGAAGUCAUUCUGACCGAGAAGAAAGGCUGGGGCUUGAGAGCGGCAAAAGACCUCCCUUCUAACACCUUUGUCCUGGAAUACUGUGGUGAAGUGCUGGAUCACAAAGAAUUCAAAACCAGAGUGAAAGAAUAUGCCCGAAACAAGAACAUCCAUUAUUACUUCAUGGCCUUGAAAAAUGAUGAGAUAAUAGAUGCAACACAAAAAGGGAAUUGCUCUCGUUUCAUGAACCACAGCUGUGAACCAAAUUGUGAGACGCAGAAGUGGACAGUGAACGGGCAGCUGAGGGUUGGCUUUUUCACCACCAAGCUAGUAUCAUCUGGCUCGGAGCUAACUUUUGACUACCAAUUCCAGAGAUACGGCAAAGAAGCACAAAAAUGUUUCUGUGGCUCCACCAACUGUCGGGGUUACCUCGGGGGAGAGAACCGGGUCAGCAUUAGAGCCGCAGGAGGCAAAAUGAAAAAGGAGCGGUCGCGUAAAAAAGAUUCGGUGGAUGGAGAAUUAGAAGCACUCCUGGAGAACGGCGAAGGGCUUUCCGAUAAGAAUCAGGUCCUCAGUUUGUCCCGCCUGAUGGUGCGAAUUGAGACCCCGGAACAAAAGCUCACCUGUCUCAAACUCAUACAGAAUACCCAUUCCCAGGCCUGCUUGAAGUCCUUCUUGGAGUGCCACGGCCUGUCCCUUCUCUGGAUUUGGAUGGCCGAACUUGGGGACAGCAGAGGAAACACAGCCAACAGUUUGAAACUGCAGCUGGAGAUUAUAAAGACUUUGGAGCUUCUGCCUAUUCCUAACAAAAACAUGUUGGAGGAGAGCAAAGUGCUCCCGAUAAUCCAGCGCUGGGCCCGGACCAAGUCUGCCAUUCCACAGCUCAGCGAAGGGGAUGGUUAUUCCAGUGAGAACACAUCUCGGGCUCAUACGCCACUCAACACCCCCGACCCUUCCUCUAAGCCUGUCCUUGAGGGCGAGACAGACACUCCUAAGAAGGUUGCUUUUCGGAGGCUCAAAAUCAUAAGUGAAAACAGCAUGGACAGUGCGCUCUCCGACACAGCCAGCGAGAUUGAGUUGAAGGAGAACAAGGAAGACCUUGACCAUCCAGACCAUCUCCCACCAGAAGCAGUGGACGAGCAGCCACUAGAGCAAGAGUCCACCAAGGAUGCCACUGCCGAGGUCCUGGUGGACACCAGCAAAGCCCACGCUGCUGAGCAGGAGGCGGAGCCUGAGGUGGAGGCAAAGGAGAGCCAGACCCCCAAACUGGAGGACUCUGUUGCUGCAGAAACCCCCUCUCAAGAUGAAGAGGAAGGUGUGUCAGACGUGGAGAGCGAAAGAAGUCAAGAACAGACUGAUAAGUUGGUGGAUCUGAGUGACUUGGCCACCAAGCUCCUGGACUGCUGGAAAGACCUAAAAGAGGUGUACCGGAUCCCGAAGAAGAGUCAAGUUGAAAAGGAGGCCAGUGAUCAUGGGAGAGAGGCAGUGGGCCGAGACACACCUGCCACCCCCAAAAACCAGAGCAGAGAACGGGACCCCGAACGGCAAAGUCAGAGCAAGGAGAAGAAAAAACGCCGGGACUCCUUGUCACCCCCAUCGGCCUACGAGCGAGGCACCAAGCGACCAGAUGACCGCUACGACACGCCAGCCACGACCUCGAAGAAGAAAGUUCGGCUCAAGGACCGCAACAAGCUGUCCACGGAGGAGCGCCGGAAGCUCUUUGAGCAGGAGGUGGCCCAGCGCGAGGCUCAGAAGCAGCAGCAGCAGUUGCAGAACCUCGGGAUGGCUUCUCCCCUCCCUUUCGACUCGAUGGGCUACAGCGCCUCCCACCACACGUUUAUGGGCUACCCCCCCGGCUACCCCAUGCAGGCCUACGUGGACCCCAGCAACCCCAAUGCUGGGAAGGUGCUACUUCCCACGCCGAGCAUGGAGCCCAUGUGCUCGCCAGCCUCCUACGAGCACUCCCAGACUUUGGUGGGCCACGCGAUGGAGCCCGCCCUGACGGCCUCGCAGCCUGUGCCUGUCGUCCAGCAUGUAGCAGCCCCCCUGGAGGUGUCAGCCCCGCAGUACGUGGCCCCCAGUGACCCGAUGGUCCACCAGGAACCCAGCGUUGCUGUCCUGCCAGUGCCAGCCCCCGGCCCCGUGCAGGGGCAGAGCUACGGCGUGUGGGACUCCAGCCAGCAGACUGUAGCGGUGCAGCCCCCCUAUUCCCCCGCUCAGUCACAGCCCACCAUCUAUUAUCAAGGGCAGGCUUGCCAGACGGUGUACGGAGUGACCUCGCCCUAUUCCCAGACCACGCCGCCGAUCGUGCAGAGCUACGCACAGCCAAGUCUUCAGUACAUCCAAGGGCAACAGAUUUAUACUGCCCAUCCUCCGAGUGUGGUGGUGCAGCCCACAACAGCAGUGGCCACCAUUGUGACAACGGGACAGCCCCCACCGAUCCAGCAGCCAGAUCUGGUGGUGGCCAACAACCUCUUGGACCUGCCUCCCCCAUCUCCCCCCAAGCCCAAAACAAUUGUCCUCCCCCCCAAUUGGAAGACAGCCCGCGAUCCUGAGGGGAAGAUCUACUACUACCACGUUGUCACCAGGCAAACCCAGUGGGACCCCCCCAACUGGGACAGCCCCGAAGAUGAUGCCAGUCUUGAGCACGAGGCUGAAAUGGAUCUUGGGACACCAACGUACGAUGAAAACCCCAUGAAGUCUUCCAAAAAGCCCAAAACUGCUGAAGCAGAUACUUCCAGUGAACUGGCCAAGAAGAGCAAGGAGGUGUUCCGGAAAGAGAUGUCACAGUUUAUCGUGCAAUGCCUGAACCCCUAUCGCAAACCAGACUGCAAAGUUGGGCGGAUAACCACAACUGAAGACUUCAAGCAUCUGGCACGCAAGCUCACCCACGGCGUGAUGAACAAGGAACUGAAAUACUGCAAAACUCCUGAAGACCUGGAAUGCAACGAGAAUGUGAAACACAAAACAAAGGAAUAUAUCAAGAAAUACAUGCAGAAAUUUGGGGCUGUUUAUAAACCCAAAGAGGACACCGACAUGGAAUAAGCACAGCAGGGUGACGCUCUCCCCUCGUUCACCGGAUCCUGCCUGUUGUGGACCGUAUGCUUUUCCUGGGCAAGGUUCACACCUUUGUGGGGUCCUCUCUGGAUAACCACACCACGGAUCUUGCGGCUCGACCGUCUCCUUUCCUGACUGGGUUUGGAGGCCAGGCAGAAACAGUGGCGUGCAAAAGCAUUUGCACACCCACCCCUGGUCACUACCACUCCAUGUUCCCUCUUUGCAAGCAGACCCAAAACUUGUCAUCUGGCGGUGCUUUCUUAGUGCAACAACGUGUGAGUUCAUCUCCUCUCCCACCAAGAUCUGUAUGAUAUUUUAACGUAUAUGUGAAUAUAUUGAAUUUUUCUUUCAUUUGCCCCCCUCCCUUUUAGCCCAACACAUGUUGAUAUCAUGGGAACACUUUGUAAGAAUAGUUUUAAAAGGGGGGGGUCAUUUUUGUUUCCUUUUCUUUUGUUUUUUGUUGUCCUCUGCAAGGUUUAAUCUGUUAUCAUGUAAAUAUUUGCAAACAGGCUGCCUCAGGGUUCGGGCAGGCCAUGUGCUAUGUUGAUAAGAUUGAUUUUACUGCUUAAAUCAUUUUACUUUAUCCAAUUUUUACUGAAGUUUUUAUGUAAAAGGAAAAAAAUUAAAAAAUUAAAUAAAAUGGCAAU